AUGGCUGACACCGAAUACAACGCUGAGGAGGCUGCCGCUAUCAAGGCCAAGAGAACCUUCCGCAAGUUUUCCUACCGCGGUAUUGACCUCGACCAGCUCCUCGACCUCUCUUCCGAACAGCUCCGCGAUGUCGUGCACGCCCGCGCUCGCCGUAGGUUCAACCGUGGCCUGAAGCGCAAGCCCAUGGGCCUCAUCAAGAAGCUCCGCAAGGCCAAGCAGGAGGCUAAGCCCAACGAGAAGCCCGACCUCGUUAAGACUCACCUCCGUGACAUGAUUAUCGUCCCCGAGAUGAUCGGCUCCGUUGUCGGUAUCUACUCCGGUAAGGAGUUCAACCAGAUCGAAGUCAAGCCCGAGAUGGUUGGCCACUACCUUGGAGAAUUCUCCAUCUCCUACAAGCCCGUCAAGCACGGUCGUCCCGGUAUCGGUGCCACCCACUCUUCUCGUUUCAUUCCCCUCAAGUAA